AUGGUACUUGGUCAUGGCAGUACACUGAGGGAGUUGGCAGCUCCUGAUGGUUCACAUCAACCUCUUUGCAUUGAGUAUCUUGAGUUAGAAGUUGAUUUUGAAUUAAGAUCAGCUAAAGACUGGCUAUUCUAUUUACCUUCAGGGACUAUUACUUGUUGGAGUGAUAUGAGGAGAGUAUUUCUGGAUAAAUUUUUUCCUGCAUCUAGAACAGCAUCGAUUAGGAAAAGCAUUUGUGGAAUUCAGCAAGCUACUGGGGAAACACUUCAUGAAUAUUGGGAAAGAUUUAAAAGGAGCAUGAUAGAUGCUGCUAGUGGGGGAGCUUUGGUGAAUAAGACACCUAAUGAUGCUAGGGAGUUGAUAGAAACUAUGGCAGCAAAUUACCAACAAUUUGGUACAAGACCUAUGGUAGCAAGGGGUGUUCAUGAAGCCCAGAUUUUACAACCAGGACAGAGUAGAAUUGAGAGUAGAUUAGAGGAAAUGUUGAAUAGAAUUGAGUUGACAGCAGCUCAGAUGACAGGAAUCAGCAAUUUCAACAUCAAGUUGUGGAGCCUGUGCAGUUUGCAAUCAGAUGGAUGCAAUUCAACAGCUGAGCAAUUCGUAGCAGCAACUAGCGUCUUCCCUAAUCGUCCACAAUAUCAACAAAGUAAUCAACCAAUUAAGUACGAUCCUAUGUCACCUACUUAUAAUCUAGGAUGGAGAGAUCAUCCAAAUCUGAGGUAUGGAAAUAUUUCAGCUGCUCAGCAGCCUUUUCCACAACAAAUUCAUAAUAACAAUUUUUUAGGAAAUCAGAGACCACCAGGGUUUUACAAUAGCACAGUUCCGAACAGAAUACAACCAUUUCAGCAGUUUCAGCAACCUGUUCCAUCAUUUCAGCAGCCAAGAAAGUCUUUUCCCUCAACUCAAACUGAUUUUUCAGUACAAGACAUGAAAGAGAUUAUGCAGCAAAUGAUGCUUCAUCAACAACAGCUUUCAUUGCAGUGUACUCAUUCAAUUCAGCAACAACAGAGGACUGAUGCAGUAUUACAGAACAUUGAAAGACAAGUGAGUCAAUUGGUGUCUGCACAGGGACAAACUCAGUUACAGACCUCAAGCCAGCUGCCUUCCCAAACUAUUCCAAAUCCAAGAGGAAAUGAAGAUUCAGCUGAGCGUUCAAGAGAUUUGGAUUCAGAUUUGCAGAUUAAAUUUGGUUCUGUUCCUAAAUCCAUUGCAGUGCAGAUUCCAGUGGUGGAACAGAAGCAGACAGAGAUUCAGUUACCAUUUCCUCAAAGGUUGGUAAAACCUGGGAAGGGUAAGGUUAUUGAAAAGUCUAGAGAAUUUCAAGAGAUGAUGGAAAUUUUUAGUAGAGUAGAAGUAAAUAUCCCUCUACUGAAAGCAAUCAAACACAUUCCAAAGUAUGCAAAAUUUCUGAAGGAUCUAUGUGUUAAUAAGAAGAAGCUUAAGGGUGAUGAGCUGGUUAGUGCAGGGGAAAGUGUUUCUGCAUUAUUUCAGGCUAUGCCGCAAAAAUGCAGGGAUCCGGGAGUUUUUACUAUUCCGUGUAAAAUUGGAGAAAACUGUUUUGAAGAUGCUAUGGUGGAUCUUGGGGCAUCCAUUAAUGUAAUGCCGAAAUCAGUGUUUCAGGCUCAUGGAAUUGGUCCUCUUCAGCCAACAGGGGUUGUGAUCCAAUUGGCAAAUCGAAGUUUUGCUCAUCCAGUAGGAGUGAUUGAAGAUGUGUUGGUUAAGGUUAAGGAAUUGAUUUUCCCUGCAGAUUUCUAUGUUUUGGAUAUGGAGGGUGAUACUUUAUCAAGUCAUGUGCCAAUUAUUUUAGGAAGACCAUUUUUGAAGACAGCAAAGACUAAAAUUGAUGUUCAUGCUGGAACUCUGUCAAUGGAAUUUGGUGAAACUAUAGUUCAGUAUAACAUUUUGGAUGCUAUGAAAUAUCCAGUAGAGGAUCACUCUUUGUUGAGUAUAGAGUUAUUUGAUGAACUGGAAGAUAGGUUAGAUGGUUACUUACUGGAAUGUGCUGCUCUUUUUAAUAACUUUGGGGAUGAUCUGAGUACAGAAUGCAGUGACAAUUUGGAUCAGUAUGUUUUUGCUUCAGAGACAAAGGACUGUGAGGGAGUCUGUGUAGUUGAGGUUGAAUCUGGAAAGGCACUUCCUUCUGUUUUGCAGCCACCAAAGUUGGAGUUGAAAGUUCUUCCGAGCCAUUUGAAAUAUGCUUAUUUAAGGAAAGAUGAACAACUACUAGUCAUUAUUUCUAAAGAUCUUGAUGCUGUACAGGAGGAGAGAUUGUUGAAUGUUUUGAGGCAUAAUCAAAAGGCGAUUGGGUGGACUCUCGCAGAUUUAACAGGGAUUAGUUCUUCUAUUUGUACACAUAGGAUUUUGUUGGAAGAAGAUGCUAAACCUGUGCGACAACCACAAAGGAGACUUAACCCAAUUAUUCUUGAUGUAGUUAAAAAAGAAGUUGUUAAGUUGCUGCAAGCUGGGAUUAUCUAUCCUAUUUCGGACAGCAAGUGGGUAAGUCCGGUGCAAGUGGUGCCUAAGAAAUCGGGAAUUACUGUGGUGGCAAAUGAGGGCAAUGAAUUGAUUCCUACAAGGGUACAAAAUAGUUGGAGAGUGUGCAUUGAUUAUAGGAGACUUAAUCAAUCAACAAGGAAGGAUCAUUUUCCAUUACCCUUUAUUGAUCAAAUGUUGGAGAGGUUGGUGGGGAAGACACAUUAUUGUUUUUUGGAUAGAUAUUCAGGAUAUUUUCAGAUUUGCAUAGCACCUGAGGAUCAAGAGAAGACCACUUUUACAUGUCCUUUUGGGACUUUCGCUUAUAGAAGGAUGUCGUUUGGACUGUGUAAUGCCCCAGGUACAUUUCAAAGGUGCAUGGUAAGUAUCUUUGCGGAUCUUCUUGAGCAUUGCAUGGAAGUGUUUAUGGACGAUUUUACUGUUUACGGUUUUUCAUUUGAUGCAUGUUUGGAUAGUUUGUCUUGUGUUUUGCAUAGAUGUGUAGAAAAGAAUUUGGUUUUGAAUUUUGAAAAGUGUCAUUUCAUGGUUCAGCAUGGUAUAGUUUUGGGUCAUAUUGUUUCUGAAAAAGGUAUUGAGGUGGAUCCAGCUAAGAUUAGUGUGAUUGUUGCUUUAUCAUAUCCCACAUGUGUGCGGGAGGUUCGUUCUUUUCUUGGGCAUGCAGGUUUUUAUAGAAGAUUUAUCAAAGAUUUUAGUAUUAUUGCUUUACCUUUGUCACGGUUGUUGCAGAAGGAUGUGGAGUUUGUGUUUGAUGAAAAAUGCAAGGAAGCUUUUGAUAGACUCAGGGAAGCUCUUAUUUCUUCUCCUAUUAUGUGUGCCCCUAAUUGGUUGUUACCUUUUGAACUUUUGUGUGACGCUUCUAAUUUUGCAGUUGGAGCGGUUCUAACUCAAAGGGUUAAUGGAGCGCCUCAUGUUAUUAGCUAUGCAUCAAAAACAUUGGAUUCUGCUUAAAGCAACUAUACAACAACUGAGAAAGAGCUUUUAGUUAUUGUUUUUGCUUUGGAUAAAUUUUGGUCUUAUCUUCUUUGUUCUCAUGUUAUUGUUUUUUCUGAUCAUGCAGCUCUCAAGUUUCUUCUCAAGAAAAAAGAUGCAAAGCCUCGAUUGAUUCGUUGGAUGCUCCUACUUCAAGAAUUUGACAUUGAAAUACGAGAUAGGAGUGGGAAAGAGAACUUGGUGGCGGACCAUUUGAGUAGGAUUGGUAGUGAUAUGGAUACUAUACCAAUUGUAGAUGUAUUUCCUGAUGAACAUCUUUUCCGGCUACAAGAAUAUUGAAGAGGAGGUUUUCAUUCAGAUUCAAGCUGUGGAGUUUCUGGACCGUGGGAUUCGAGUUUUGGAGAAUCUGGGUCGUAUAAGAGAUCUAAGUUCCGGAAACACUAUAAAUUAGAGAGGGAAGCUAUAGAAAGGGGGAUCAGUGAUUUUUCUCUGGAAAAGGAAGAAACGGGAGAACGGAGUGGAGGGUGGAGUUCAUCUUCAACACUCUCCUGCAGUCGCCACUGAUCCGGAAGAGAAAAUGCAGAUCCACUGA